ACCCAGCAUGCUUGUACCCUCCACAGGACCAGCCGCCAUGGCACACUGCAAGACAGAGCAGGAUGACUGGCUGCUGGCCCACCUGAAGUACCUGCUCUUCAUCUUCAACUUCUUCUUCUGGGUAGGUGGGGCAGCUGUCAUGGCUGUGGGCAUCUGGACACUGGUGGAGAAGAGCGGUUACCUCAGCAUCUUGGCUUCCAGCACAUUCGCCGCCUCUGCCUACAUCCUCAUCUUUGCUGGUGCUCUCGUCAUGACAACUGGCUUCCUGGGCUUCGGGGCCAUCGUCCGGGAGCAGAAGGGCUGUCUCUCUAUGUAUUUCUGCCUGUUGCUGGUCAUCUUCCUGGUGGAGCUGGUGGCAGGAGUCCUGGCACAUGUGUACUACCAGAGGCUGAGUGACGAGCUAAAGCAGCACCUGAACAGCACCCUGACUGAGCACUACGGGCAGCCGUGGGCCGCAGACAUCACAGCCUCGGUGGACCGGCUGCAGCAGGAUUUCAAAUGCUGCGGCAGUAACAGCUCGGCCGACUGGCAGCACAGCACAUACAUCUUAUCUCAGGAAGCCCAGGGUCGCCGGGUGCCCGACAGCUGCUGCAAGACAGUGGUGGUGCACUGUGGCCAGCGGGCCCACCCCUCCAACAUCUACAAGGUAGAGGGGGGCUGCAUGGCCAAGCUGGAGCAGUUCCUGGCUGACCACCUGCUGCUCAUGGGCGCAGUGGGCAUCGGGGUGGCCUGUCUUCAGAUCUGCGGGAUGGUUCUCACCUGCUGCUUGCACCGAAGGCUCCAGAAACACUUUUAUUAAAGGAUGUCCCUCUAGCCUGCUGACUGCCCCCACAAAAGGACCCACAUCCCCAAACCCUGAACCAGGCCUGCAAAGU